AUGUCUUCCAACGACCGUGUGGCAGACCCUGUUGCUGGCCUGGCCGCAGUGGACGAUGAUAAGAAAGAUGCGUUUAAUACCGAUAAGGCCGAAGCCAUCGAGCUGGCCGAAAAAGGUAGCGUCAAGAAUCUAGGUGUCAAUGCGACACCUACAUCUGCUCGUGAGUCUGCUUUUGCAGAACUUGGGAUUCCGGAUUGGGAAGCCUUAGAGAAGAAGGUUGUCCGCCGGCUGGACAUGACUCUCCUGCCAACGCUCUGGCUCCUUUAUGUCUUCAACUAUCUUGAUAGAGCCUCUAUCGGACAAGCUCGCCUGAGUACUCUUGAUCAGGAUCUUGGACUCGAGGGAUCGCAGUUUGGGUCUGCCGUCUCUAUUCUCAGUGCUGGCUAUGUUCUCGGUCAGGUCCCCUCGAAUAUGAUCAUCGGAAAGAUCCGACCUAGUCUAUAUCUUCCUGGUAUGGCCAUUCUUUGGUCUGGUGUUUCUGCGGCAAUUGCAGGCGUCAAGACUUAUGAGGGCCUGCUGGCUGUCCGUUUCUUCCUUGGAUUGGUAGAAGCACCACUCUUCCCUGGUGCUAUAUACGUCAUGUCGAGUUGGUACACCCGCCGAGAGAUUGCCGUACGAAUUGCGAUCAUGUCGACUGGUGUCUCAUUAGCCAACGGACUGUCAGGUCUGAUCGCUGCAGCUGUCUUCAGUACACUUGAGGGGGCACGUGGUGUCGCCGGUUGGCAAUGGCUCUUUAUUGUGCUGGCUCUGUUUGGAUCAGCCUUUGCCCUUGUUGCUGUAUUUCUCCUUCCUGAUUACCCUCAGUCUAGCAGCGGAAGCGCUAUGUGGACUAUGACGGAGGAUAUGCGCAAGGUUGCACAAGUCAGGAUCAUUGCCGACCGAGUUUCUGAAGUCGAAAUCAAGUCAACCAUUUGGACAGGAGUCAAACUUACAAUCAUCGACUACAAAUUUUGGCUCCUUACUGGUAUCAACAUCUCUAUCUCAGCUGCUUACGGCUUCUCCAACUUCUAUCCAGCUAUUGUCCGCGGACUAGGCUAUGACAGGGUUACAGCUCUUCUCCUCACGUUUCCGCCGUACUUUGUCGCUGCACUCACAUCAAUUGCCGUUGCCUGGAACUCUGACCGCGUGGGAGAACGUGGCUGGCACUUUGCGACUCCUAUCGCCGUUGGUCUCGCUGGAUAUAUCAUUUGCAUUGUCACGACGGCGACUGUUCCUCGAUACUCAGCUUCAUACCUGUUUAUCGGAGGUCUAUUCGGUGCCAACCCUCUGAUUCAGACGUGGUUGUCCACCACUCUGGCUCGCACUCCGGAAAAGAAGGCUGUCUCCGUGGCGCUCUGCAACGUUCUGAGCCAGAUCGGUAAUGUUAUUGCGCCCUUCUUCUUUAUUGAUUCUGAUGAGCCACGAUACCGGCUGGCAUUUAUCCUGAUGCUUCUUAUGGGAAGCUUGUGCAUUUCUUCUGCUAUGGCCCUUAAAUACUGUCUCUGGCGGGAGAAUAAGCGGCUGUAUCGCGAGGCACAGGAGAAUGGAACUCCUUAUGUGCCAUACCUCCAAUAA